AUGUGGGGCAAUUUUGACGUCGUUGGUACAGUCGCAAAUUACGCUCGCAGCAUGGCAACGUACGACUACAUUGUGCUCGGCGCAGGCUCUGGCGGCGUCUCGUCGGCCCACCGCGCGGUGGCCUACGGCGCCAAGGUCCUUGUCAUUGAGCGCGGCCACGCCAACGACGGCGCUGGCCUCGGUGGCACCUGUGUCAACGUCGGCUGCGUGCCCAAGAAGAUCAUGUUCAACGCAGCGCUCCACGCCGAGAUGCUCCACUCGGCGCGUGCGUACGCCUUCAAAGGCGUGCAGGACAUCCAGUUUGGCGCCUUUGACUGGGCGGCCAUGAAGGCCAAGCGCGACGCGUACGUCAAGUGGCUCAACGACAUGUACGGCGAGGGCAUGCUCGAAGACAAGGUCGACCUCGUCAUGGGCGCUGCCAAGUUUGUCGACAACCACACGGUCGAGGUCAACGGCGACCGGUACACGGCCAAGCACAUCCUCAUCGCGGUCGGUGGUGUCCCGGCCAUGCCUCCGCUGCCGGGCAUCGAGCACGCGAUUUCGAGCGACGGCUUCUUCGCACUCGAGACGCAGCCCCGCAAGGUCGCAGUCGUUGGCGCCGGCUACAUUGCGGUCGAGCUCGCCGGUAUCUUUAACGCGCUCAAGUCGGACACGACGCUCUUUUGCCGCGGCAACCAGGUGCUGCGCACGUUUGACCCGAUCGUGCGCGACCUCGUCAACUCCGAGAUGGAGCACGCCGGCAAGGAGAAGGUGCAGACCGCGAUGAAGCUUGUGUGCAUCGGUGUCGAAGAGACGGUCGUCGGCGUUCACGUCGCGGGCCUCGGCGCCGACGAGAUGAUCCAGGGCUUUGGCGUUGCGGUCAAGAUGGGUGCGUACAAGUCGGACUUUGACAAUAUCGUGGCGAUCCACCCGACGGCGUCGGAGGAGCUCGUGACGAUGCCUGAGUGGGGCAAGAUCAAGGACAUUGUGACGCUCACGCAUGGCACGGCGCGCAAGCCCCCGACGCUGAUCAAGCCGCCGGCCAGCAACUAA